AUGUCUUUGAUAAUAAGAUAUGUGGAUAUUUCUUCAGCUUCUGUUAGUAUUGAGGAAUCAUUUUUAGGAUUUUUGAAUGUGAAUGAUACAAGUGGUCAGGGGCUUUUUGAUGUUUUACAAAAUGAAUUGAAAGAACUUGGUCUCGACCUAUUUGACGUGAGAGGGCAAGGCUAUGAUAAUGGGUCCAAUAUGAAAGGAAAACACCAAGGUGUGCAAAAGAGAUUUUUAGACAUAAAUCCGAGAGCCUUUUAUACUCCUUGUGGUUGUCAUAGUCUUAAUUUGGCAUUGUGUGAUAUGGCUAACUCUUGUAUUAAAGCUAGGAACUUUUUUGGAGUUGUUCAACGCAUUUAUACAAUUUUUGCCAAUUCUACUAAGAGAUGGCAAAUUUUGAAAGAUAAUGAAAAGGAUAUGCUUAUUGAUGUUGCUAUGCAAAAAAUUAAGGGGUUGAUUUCGUAUUUUGAGGGAUAUAGAGAAACAGGUUUUUAUAAGGUAUUGAUUAACGCUAAGGAAAUUGCGGUGGAAUUGAAUAUUGCCCCAAUAUUUCCUCAAAGGCGUAUAAUUAAAAGAAAAAAGCAAUUUGAUGAGAAUUUGAAUAUCCCAUCAGUCGAGCUAUCAGAAGAAGAAUCAUUCAGGGUUAAUUAUUUUCUUUACCUUUUUGAUCAAGCUGUUGUUUCUCUUAAUAAGAGGUUUGAGCAAUACCAAGAGUAUGAAAAGUUGAAGUUACUAAGAGAAAUGUUUCCUGAAGAAACCAUAAGACCUACUGAUAUAUUAUUAUUUUUAAAAGGUUUGGAUUGUUUUCCUACUAUAGUUAUUGCAGAUAGAAUCUCAUUGACUAUUACUGUGACAGUUGCUUCUGCAGAAAGAAGUUUUUCAAAAUUGAAGUUGUUAAAGACUUACUUGUGGUCUACCAUGUCACAAGAAAGGCUUAAUGGAUUGGCAUUAAUAGUUAUUGAAAAUGAUAUUUUGGAGACAAUAAAAUAUGAAGACUUAGUUGACGAUUUUGCUUCAAAAAGUGUUCGUAGGAAGGCUCUUUUUAUGUAG